AUGCGUCGUGCUCUUCGAGCAAAUGCGAUACAGUUACCAUGGGUAUUAAGUUGUACAACACGCUUCUACGUUGCGGGAGGUGAUUCGGGGUUCUAUAAUCAGAGUAGAGAACGGAAACGUGAUGGCAUCACAUAUGAAACCAAAAUAAAUGGUAAAACAGUGAAGAGCGGUAAUACACGGUUGUCUUUAAACAACAAUAAUAACAACAACACACGGAAAUUAUCAUCUGGAAUGAUGGAAAAGCCAGAGUUGCUCUUUCCUGAUGCUCAGGAGCAUGAUAUAGAUGAUACGGAAGUUACAAUGGAAGAAAGAUAUCAAGGAUUUGGAGAAAAAAAUAAAUUACUGGAAGAAGAAGAAGAAGAAAUGCGUGCCCCUCCUAAUAUUAAAAGAAGGUAUGAAGCUCUUGUACGACCCAAGCGUCAGACGGUGGUUCUAACAACCUCAUUCUCUUCAAAGAAUCCUGCCAAGUUUAAUGGAAGGACAGCAUCAGCAGCAGCAGAGGAGGAUGAAAAUAAUAACAAUAAUAAUAAUAAUAAUAAUAAUAAUAAUAAUGAUGAUGAUGAUGAUGAUGAUGAUGAUGUUACUAAAAUAUAUGAUUCUAGUGAAAUGAACAAUAUUGUUACCGCCCAGCAAGUAAAGCAAAAACAUAUGCUUAAUGUAAACUCUCAGCGUCAACAAGUUCCGAAAUCUAAAACUCUCAAUAAUAAUGAUCACCAUCAUGAUUAUGAAGCUGUAGAGAAGACGAUUAACCAUGAUAACAUAAACGUCAAUGUGGAUGAAAUUCAUGAGUACAAGAAAAAGGGAUUAGAUGUCGCUCACAGUGAAGGUAGUGUCGGUAGCGGUAAUAAUAUCAGAGUGGAAGAAGCGAAAACUGAGCUUGAUCGUAAUGCUGAUGAUGUUGAAGAUGAAGUUUUGGUAAAUCAAGAGAAUGGAAAUGAUGAAUUAAAGAAUCUGAAAAAUCAUCCUUUCUUUAAUGAUCUUUUGCGUCGUAUGGAAAAAAAUGCUCUACGUCAACGUCAGCAAAUAAAAGCGUCUGGUCGUUAUAAUAUAGAUGCUGUAAAUCUUUGUCUUCGCCCAUUACUACAACUCACUGAUUAUCCAUUUACCACAUCCCAACUAAGGCUUACAGCACCAUUUCUUUAUCCUAAAAUAUUAAAACGUUCACUUUCUGAUUUAAAAGCAUGUCAUCGUCUUCAAAUUUACCAUUCUCCUGAUACUGAUGUUAUUUUAGAUUGGUCAGCUGAAGAUUUUCUCCGUCGACGCUAUGAAAGCAUUCAUCUUUCAUGGGAGCCUGUUAAGAUUGUUAUGAUGCGUUUUGGUUGGAGUCAAGAAGUUAUGUCAGACCGUGACUGUCUUUUAUACUUUUCAAAGUUUGAAGACUUUAUUGAGUUGGCAGAACUAGAACUCAGUGCGGGAGAUGACAAACCAAAGGCUUUACCGAUUGAAGAUCCUGUUAAGAUUGCUGAACAACGUCCUAUUUCCGUUUCAAAACUUCUUAUUCGCCGUAAGUUAACAGAAGGUACAGAACCUUCUAUUACAGAGUCUAUUCGACUGAUGGGAACACCAGCCUUAUCGAAACCUGCCAAAUCACGAAAAACACAAACACUUGAGAAGGAUACUGUGCAAGGAACGUUUGAACGUAUUCAACGUGAAGCAGAGAGUGUGGAUGGGGAUGAGGAAACAAAGUUACAACACGGUAUUAGUGUAGUUCCUUCCCUGCGUCAAGCAUCUCAUCCUUCAGGUCGAUGUAUUAAGACUUUUUCACUUGGAAGACCGAAAAGUACCGUUAUAGAAGAUAAUGUUAAAGUGCAUACCCCCACAAAAGUUAACAGUAAUCCAUUUGAUGAAAGUCAUUGUACAUAUACACCAGAAAAAUAUGAAGCUCUUGCUAAUGCAUACCAUAAAAAAAAAGUUGAAGCUUCUCAAAUGCGUCGUCGAUUACUAAGUACCGAUAGUAUAGAUCAUGCUAGUGAAUUACAAGGGAAACUAGCCCAAAUUCAGAAAGAAUUACCGCGACUGCGAGAACAACUUGAAAAAAUGAGGAAAUUACGGCAUAUGGAAAAAGAAGGUCCUUCGAUAGGAUCACAUACCUCUUCUUUUGUAACAGGAGAAAAAGAAAAAGAAGAAGAAAUAAAGAAAAAUCAUGACUCCAUUCCGUUUACCACAUCAUUACAUUCUGAAACAAAAAAGGAUGAAAGAACAAAAAACAGUAAUGCCGCCGAAGAAAACAUAAUAAAGAAGAAAUCAAUAGAUGAGAAGUUUGAAGUGAAAAAUAAGUUUAAUCAACCAUCACAACAAUCUUCUAUACCAUCUUCAAAAGAAAUUGAAACGUUAUCUUCGGCGGCUUUAAUGUUAAGACAAGAGAUUGAGUCUCUACAAGAAAAACGCCGUAAUGAGGAGAAUGCUCUUCUUCGAAGGAUGGAAGAGGCUCUUAGUGCUUUACAUAAAAUAGAGUCUACCAUAAUUUCCGUCUCUGAGCGAGAAACAAAGGAAACAGAAGCAGAAGCAGAAGCGGAAGCAGAACGACAACGAUUGGAAAUACAGCGGAAGGAAGAAGCCGAAAAAAAAAGGAGACGAGAAGAAGCAGAAGCAAGAGCACGUGCUCUGGAACAGGAAUUAUUAAACAAACAUGAGGAACGUAUGAAACUUCUCAACAAACAACGUGAAGAGGCUCAACAGGCACAACGGGAAGCGGAACUCGCAUUGGAACGUCAAAAACAACUUGAACAAGCCACUCUAAAAGCACAGGAAGAGUUACAACGCAAUCUACAAGAGGCCAAAUCAAAAAUAUGGAGUAAAGAAACAGAUAAUGAGACAUCUAUUGAAUAUGAUAUGCCAACAACAAAAACAACCUCUUCUGUUGCUGCGGCAUCACCGGAACCAAUAAUGACAACAGUGAACAAUGGAUCUAGGGUUAUGUCUAAACAAGAAAUGCCAACUGUGUCUGUAACGUCUUCAUCCACUUCUUCUUCUUCUUCUUCUUCUUCAACUGGUACAACUUCCUCUUUCUCAUCUGAACCAAGUUGUACACCAGAGCAAUAUGAUGGAUUAUGUUUAGCGGCUGAACGACUUCGUAAAGAAAUUGCAGAACUUGAACGACAAAUGGAAAACGAGGGAGAUGAAGAUGAUAUGACCUUAAUGGCUGUAUUAGCCGUAUCACGAGCAGACUUGGAGGAACUUGAAGAUUUUAUUAAUGUUGUACGACGGAAAGAGUCAUGGACGGCAGAACGUGACAGAAUUCGUAAAGAAGAAAAAGCUCUAUUAGAGAAGGAAAGAGGUACAAACUCUAAUGAUCUUCAGGAAAAAAUCAGUGCUAUUCGUUUCCAAAUUGAACUUAUGGAAAAGAGGUUACAACAUGCAACUGAACGUCCUGUAAUAACAAAACUUGAACAGGGAAUUAUUAACGGUAGACGUGAAAUCAACAAGCUAAGAAUGGAACAGGACCGAUUACGUCGAUUAGGACAACAAACAAAUACUGGAGGUUUACAUAUACCACCUUCUUUGAGUCUUGCAGAAGCUUUGGCAGAAGAUGAACAUGUGGAAGCAAAAAAUGAAGAGGAAAUAACUAAUAUCAUGAAGAAGAAUGAUAAUAUUACUGAUGAUGCAAAUACAUAUAACUCACGACUCGGUAAAUAUGCAGAUGAUGAAAGUAAUGAUGAUAAUUCUGCUAUGGAUUUGGAAGAGGAAGAAGAAGAGAACCAGACAAUGGAAGAAGCAGAGUAUAAUAAAAAGAACAACAAACAAUUGGAAAGUGAAAAUGUCAAUAGUGGUAUUUCCGCUGAAAGUUCUCUGGAUAACGAUUGUAAUUCUGAUGACAAUGAUACCCGUGAAGAUCUUAUUAAAUCACUUCAAGGUGAUCAACAGGAGUUAAGACAAUUAACAUCUCAGAUGGAAAAAAUGCUUGAAGAGAUUAAAUUUCUUGAAGAUGGUAUCGCCUCAAAAGGAGGUGAAAAUGCUGAAACUAUUGCUACAUCACUUGUGGAAUUACAGAAAAAACUACAACAGUUACUAGAGUUACGGGAUGCUGUAAAGCAGCGAAUGAUGCAAACAUCAUUAGAUGAAAAAAUGUACGCAAGUCAAAAUGUCAACCCUUCUUCUUCUUCUACUACUACUACUACUACUGUUUCUAAAAAGAAACCACAUACAUCCGCAACCUUAUCCGUUACAAAAUCAACUCCUACAUCUCCUCGCAAACCUGUAGUUAUUGCGCCAUUGUCUAAUAGGCCAGUUUCAAGUCACGCUAACCGCGCAGGUGGAGAAGUACUUCACUUUGAACAGCACGUGAACAAGGGACAACAACAACAACAACAGCGUAAAAUGCAGAAGGUUACCAAAUCAAAAAAGAGCCGCCGAUAG